AUGGGGGUAAAGCUUGAUGAUGAAGAUGAUGAGGAGAAAAGAGCGGAAGAUUUAUCAUCGGCAUUGGAAACAAAAGAAAAAUCAAUACUUGUUUUAGAUGAUGUUUGGAAAUACAUUGAUUUGCAAAAGGUGGGAAUUCCUCUAAGGGUGAAUGGCAGCAUUAAAGUGAUCCUAAUUACUCGUUUGAUACACGUGUGUCAACAGAUGGAUUGCUCCCCAAAAAAUAUGAUUAGAAUUUGGCCUCUUGAUUCAGAUGAAACUUGGGAGUUAUUUUUGGUGAAACUUGGACACCAGGGGACACCUGUAAAGCUUUCCUCAGAAGUAGAAAAGAUUGCAAGAUCUGUUGUAAAGAAAUGUGGAAGUUUACCCCUUGCAAUUAACGUGAUGGCCAGAACCAUGAAAGGAAAACUAGAUGACGUGGAUGGGUGGAAACAUAAAUUGAAUAAACUUAACAAAGGGGAAAUGGGAGAAGAGAUGGAAGAAGAGGUCCUGAAGGUGUUGAAACUCAGCUAUGACAAUUUAGUGGAUGAGAACAUACAAAAUUGUUUCUUGUACAGUGCAUUGUUGCCUUGUUUCACAACAGAUGACUUGAUAAUGAAGCUUGUUGAGAAAGGACUAAUUAAUGGAAUGAGAAGUUUGGAGGAAAUAUUUGCUGAGGGGCGUACUAUAUUGGGUAAACUCGAAGACCAUUCUUUGAAUUUGCUGAGGGGCGUACUAGAGUAUAUGUCACCUGAAAGGGUAUUACUAUUAAUGAGUUACCUGGCCUGUUAUAUCAUGAAAGGGAGACACCAGUACGCAAUGUUUAAAUAUGAGAAAGGGUUACCUCGCCUGCAGGAAUGGACAACUGAUUUGGAGAUGGUAUCUUUGAAGUUCAGUGAAGAAGAAAUCCCAGGGGACAUGUCGCCUUGUUGUCCGAUAUUGUCCUCCUUGAUUUUAUGUGAUGGUAACAUCUCUAGUAUUCCAGAGCGUUUUUUCGAGCACAUGAAUGCUUUAACUGUACUGGAUCUAUCUCGAAACGAAAGUUUAACAGCUUUGCCGAAUUCACUUUCUAUGUUGAAGAAUUGUGUAUAUUGGACAAUAAUCAAUGGACAUGCUUAUGUAAUGGUCUAUCAUCUGAGGGUACUUCCUCUUCUUCCUGGAAAAUUGAUAUUCAAUCAUGCAAAAAACUGAACAGUUUGUUUUGUUCAGCGGAUUCUUGUUGCAAAUCUUCAAGUCAUCUUUAUUCGACUCUGGAGUCAAUAAAAGUAGAAUAUUGUGAUUCAAUGAAGGAUAUCUUUGCUAAUGCACCGCAGCCUUUCCCCGGCGCGUUCGCUAGCCUGAAGCAUAUUUAUAUCUAUGACUGCAGUGCGCUAGAGUAUUUGCUGACAGCAGAGAUAGUGCCACAACUUCAAAAUCUGGAGACAAUAGCUGUAAUUGAUUGUAAAUCAAUGAAGGAGGUAUUUGCUAAUUAUUUUAUAUCAUCGAAUGAGGAGUAAAACACAUUAGCGAAUGACAUCACAUCCAUAUAUUGCUCCCAAAACUUUAAGAUAUGAGAUGUGUAUGUCAUUUUACCUAUAUUCUAUUCAGCACUUAUAUUUUUCAUCUCAA